AUGUUGUUUCGAAAAACCAUGUCUGGGGUGAGGGAUCUCUCACGAGGCGUGCCUGUAGCACGUAAAGUCCUUAACCGUCUUUCAAGCUGCCCAUCAACUGAGUCAUUUUGCUUUGACGCCGUCUUGGCUGACGCCUGCAAAAGGGUCAAUGUCCCUGUUCCAUCCUCAUCAGAGGCGGUUCCGGACUCCAAAUGGUGGAAAAAACUUUGCAAUGCCUGUUCAGACAAACUUUGUUCUUCACGAUACGGUAAGUUAUUGUUGCGACAACGUCUUGUUCAGGCAUUGUCCGAACGAUUAGCAGUAGAGGAAGCUUUCCGAUUAAAUGGCCAUGAAAUCAAAAAGGAAGCUAUAGUUGAACCGGUGGUUGUGAUGGGCUUGCCUCGGUGUAAUGGGCAUCAGGCGGCGCAUGUUUUGUCGCGGUCAGGUCUGUUUCUCGCAUUUAAGCAAAGUGACACAUUUUCACCUUCACUUAUUCUUGACGUGGAGCGACGUGAUGCAUUUGAUCGGCAGUUUAGAUUGUUUAAUCGCCUCUACCCAGAAUUUCGUUGUGUCCGGACAAUUAAUCCCAGUCAGAUUGACGACGACCUUACGUUACAGCUCAUGUGUCCGCAGUCGUACACCUGGGGUCUUCUUCAUGGACUAGAUGAAUACCUUUUAGAGUGCUUGCAGGAGGAUCAGGCCGUUGUGUAUCAACACCUUAAGCGGGUGUGUCAGCUAUUCCAAUGGUACAAACGGUGUGGGCAUUUUUCAGAGUGUGUUUUACGGGAGGUGAAUCCUGUGAACAAUCCAAUUGAGGAGCAAAAAUAUGGCACCAAAAACUCUUUAUUGCAAACACAAUGGCUUCUUUUUUGUCCAUUUGCUAUUUUGAGCAUUGAGGCGCUUCACGAAGCAUUCCCUGACGUCAAACUUAUUUGGGUUCAUCGUGCUUUGUCGCAGUGUGUUCCGUCGUUAUGCUCCUCAUUUGCCAUCCACAACAGUAUUUACACCGGAAAACCACCGAGUGACUCCCAGCUGGCUACAAUGGGUGAUAAGGUUCUGGGCACCUUUGGUUCUGGUGCCGAGUACGCUAUCGACUAUCUUGCCAGCUUUGAUAAAUCUAGACUGGUGCAUUGGUCUAAUCGUGAUGUGAAACGACAUACGACGCGGCUAGCGACCAAAACCUUAGAGUACUUUGGAAUCGAAGUGGAUCGGUACCGUCGUUUGCAGAUGAUUAAUGGUCAAACGGAGUAUACGGAUAUAUUUCGUCCAUUGCAUGAUGCUCAGAUGCCUUAUUUUGGCUUACAUGAUGGAAUUAUUGGCGAAGCGCUUGAAAGUUAUAUUCAUCAGUUUGAGGAGUUUGCUUUCGAAAAACGCUUAGGUGUGACAGUUGAGGAGUAUCAGCCUCUGGCGGCUCCAGCAGAUCAGCAGUCUCUUGGAACUCUGCGGGUGAAGGGUGGUGGCGAGCCCUCAUUCCCAUCUUUUGCAGAAUCCCAGCCGAUGUCUGAUCAUUUCUUACAGGAAGGGAAAGGGUUUAAAUGA